CCCUUGUCGAACGACCACAAGACCAAACACCAAACCGACACUACGCAAUCACAAUCUGUCGCUGACACCUGCAACCGUAUUUUCGCCUUCUCAAUUGUCCGGCCGCCCUAGAACAUAUCGUGCAAACACGCGACGAGCCUCAUUGUUUUGCCGCGCUCUCUCCCACAUUUCCUGCAGCUAAUGUCGCCCUCGCCCACCUGACAUCUCGGGCCCUCCGUCGUUCACCAUGGAACCCGUUCCUGAGACCGAGAGAAUGGAGGAGUUCCGAUCCUCGCCUCUUCCCUCGCUCCGCAUACAGAACCCGGCCCUCCUCCCUUCCGCCGUUGCCGAGCCCGAACCUCUGCGAAAACCUCCCACUCUGCGCCGCCAAACAGAUCCAAGUCCCACUUCUCCGACUGCCCCGUCUUGGACUUUUACCCCUCUACCCUAUCGGCCCCGUACGACCUCGCCCCUCUCUGGUCAUCACACGAGAUCGAGGUCUGCAGCGAGCUUGGCCCCUCCAAUAUCUCGCACACAGUCAAUGCCCGGCGUCAAUGCCGCUGGUCAUAUUCUUUUCUCUCCUCAACUUCGCCCCUCCAGCCCGUCCGGGUCGCCUAGCCGCGUCCGAACCCCGCGGAAGCCUGUCGACGAGGCGUUUCCCACCUCGCCCAUCCGCACCUCAGUCUUGGAGUCGGAUCGUAAGCUUACUGAUCGCAACAGUUCCCCGAGCUUGAUGGGAACAACGCCCUCCAUGAUCCUUCCCCGACACCGUCGUCCGUCUUCGCCAUUACGACAUCCCGGCCAUUCUAGCGCUGGAUCGCUUCCGAUGCCCACUACGCCCACAUCUGCAACAGCCUCGCCGUCUUUCAGAGGAUACGAUUCCUUCUCUCACGGCUAUGGUGUCUCCGCUUCGUUCCCGUCCUUCCCGUCGUCGUCAGUUCCUUCUACCCCAACUUCGACGAGGUCGAGAAGCCCAAGCAUUUCUAGUCUCGAGACCAUACCAGACUCACCUGACGCCGAGGAAGCUGCUAUGGAGGCAGAGAGGAUCGCCCAGCUCAAGGCUGCUGCCGAGGCUGCCGAGGGUAGCGACACUGGAGAAAAUAAGGGUAAAAGCAGUCUGGACGUACCCUCGCGGGGCAGAACGCUGGGCUUUGGGUCACGGGACAAGCGGAAAAGGUGGAGUGUUUGCGGAGCUGAACGACGGCAAGAUCUCGACCUGGAAACGAUUUGGGAAGAUUGAAAGAAACGAAAGCAAUGAACUGGUACGCCUCGGGCACGAAACGGCAUACAAUAACCUCCCGACACUCACUUGUGCAGAGCGUCGAUUUUCCUUGCAUUGCAUUUAGCAUCUGAUAGGUAAGGGGCAUGGCGGCGUUCAGUGAACUCCUUCUGAUACC